GGCAGUGUUCGGGAAUCUUUAUAGAAAAUCACACAAUCUGUUUAUAAUAAGUAAUAUUAUACUUUUAUAUUUAUUAUUUAAACACAUAAUGAAUAUAAUUAUAUUUAAACAUAAAUAUAAUAAACAGUAAUAUGUAUUCAGUAACUUAAAGGGUAAAAAGACAGUAAAAACAUAGAAGGCACCCAUUCAAUUUGUCACUGUCAAUUUAGCAUUUUCAAAUCUCAAAGUUUGGUGGCUUACCUUACUGCUUAUAUUGUGCAAAAAAUUGUGAAUUUAAAGUUUAUUAACACAUUGUAAGUAGGUUAAUAAUCAAUUUAAACAAUACUAUGGCUGAAGACAAGAGUUUUCUGAUGAAAGCAGUGGAUUCCCUAAUACCUCCUCCAUUGGAGGAAAAAACUGAGGUUAAUCAACUGUGUAUGAUGUCUAGAGCCGCUGAUGCAGUAAAAACUUUUUUGAACAGUCUUGAGUCUACUGGAGGAGCUCAGGAAAUGUCGUUUAAUUACACUUUAAACCUGGGGCCUGCAGAAUCUGAGUCAUCCACCCAAACAGAGGAUAUGUCAUCUGCAAACGCCUCUACUGAGCAGCCAGUAGCAGAGGAAGGUGCUGCCCAAUCUACAAAAGAUCUGAAGGAAUAAAGAAAGACUGACUCAGUUCUGGUGUAGACAUUGUAUUGAAGGACACCAGCUUCCAGGAAAUCCAUCCCAUUAUUGUUCCAUACAUUGUUUAAUGUAUUAUAAAUAUUUCUAUUUUUGUGUGUUCGUCCAAAUUGUUUAUUCGAGUUAUAAAUAAAUACUGAUUUAUUAGC